AUGGUAGAAAACUGCGGAGCAGAACACUGCGAAAGGACUUUGGAGAAAAGCCAGAUCUCCUUUCAUUCUGCGGGGCAAAGUCGGGAGUUCAUUAUUCCUUCGCUGGCACACAGGUUCAUAGCGGAGAUGGUGGAUUUUUUUAUUCUGUUCUUUAUAAAGGCAACCAUUGUUUUAAGUAUUAUGCACCUCAGUGGAAUAAAGGACAUCUCUAAAUUUGCCAUGCAUUACAUAAUAGAAGAAAUAGAUGAAGAUACGUCCAUGGAAGAUUUGCAGAAAAUGAUGAUAGUAGCUCUCAUCUACAGGUUAUUAGUCUGCUUCUAUGAGAUAAUCUGUAUUUGGGGAGCAGGUGGAGCAACCCCGGGGAAAUUCUUGCUUGGACUGCGAGUUGUGACAUGCGAUACAUCUGUACUUAUUGCGCCCAGCCGCGUGUUAGUCAUUCCAUCUUCUAAUGUCAGUAUGACAACGUCCACAAUACGAGCUUUGAUCAAGAAUUUUUCUAUUGCUUCAUUUUUUCCUGCAUUCAUUACACUGCUGUUUUUCCAGCAUAACAGAACAGCCUAUGAUAUUGUAGCGGGGACUAUUGUGGUAAGAAGAAACGGAGUCAGAUGAUACCAAAAGAUGAGAUUUCCAGACUGGUUUUGAACAUCCCCUCCCACCCCCAGUGAACAAAGACCUACCCCAAAACUGAAAUUGAGGUGUCCAUCAGAAUCUUUUGCCCAAAUGAAGCGGGAACCGAUUCAGAAGCUGAAGAAAAUGUUUUACUCCGGUAUGAUGCCAGCAGCUACCUUCAAAGUAUUGGAGUUUUCAUAGAUGCCAAAGAAGUUUGGGAGAACCGAUACAUACUAAAUCCGGAAGUAUUAACCUCCGAUUGACGAGAAAGAAAGCGGCUGUAUUAACUGCAGAAAGGAGCUGUCCAUUUGUCAGUCUGCGGAAAGCAGAUACCUAGAAAUACUCCACCUUAAAAGAAAUGUCGCUCCUACAGUUUUGGAUGUUGGCAGGUAACUAGAAAAUCAAGUUGUUUUCCGAGCAGUUGCCUAAGUCGUAUGAUAAACUCUGAGGGGAAGAGAACUGCUGUAUUAGACAGUAAGGCAAAUCGCGUUAAUUAAAUCGCCAUGUGUGUAGAAAGAGAUGAGCAGUUUAUCAUGUCCCGUAUUAUUGCUUCACAGAUCAUAUUCCCUCACCUCUUUAAGUAUUUUAGCAGAACGUGGUUGUGAGAAGUUUUUUGCAUGACCGUCUUAAGCAUCGCCACUUACUUCACGUCAAAGCUAAGGAAGAGGUGAAAUAAUAGCUGCUUUUUCUCUGGGAAGGGUAUGUUACACUGCAGUGUUAGUGAAUUGGCGUGUGUAAAUAAUUUUGGAGCUGUGAACAGUACAGAUCGUGCUAAUGAAAGGUAACUUUUUUGCUUCUGUUUGGAGUGAAAGCACUUGUCUCUUUCUUGCGCGUAAUACCAAGCAAAACAACUGGAUGUGUUUCAGGAGCAUGCAGAAAACAUUAACUGAAAUGUGUUACGGGUGUAAAUCUACGGAAGUACAAAUACUGGUUAUUUUCACUUUAUAAUUCUGGCUAAUUGUUUGUAUAUUCAGAAUAACUUAAAUACUGAAUAAAGAAGCCUAAUAUUUUGCAUGA